UAUUUUUUAUCGUUAUCGAAACGGUCACGCUGCAUCCCGCGCAAUUAUAAUUUUGUUUAUUGUUUAUUUGCAUAUAAAAGAUGGCCAGCACCUCUCGUGCUAGCCGGGCUAGCACCUCUCGUGGGGCCAAUAACACCCAGUUGUCUCAGUCGCAGUCUUCGCAGCCGGCACAAGUCACGCAAAUUGAUGACAAAGUGCGUCUUAUUAUGAAAUACAUUCUGGACCAUUCAGCGGCAAAGAUACCCAUGAAGGAGAAGGAUUUGGUGCCGCUGGUUGGCACAAGGAGCGAGCUUCAAUGCCGCCUGCCGCUCGUGGCCAAACUGCUGGCGAAGCGCUAUGGCAUUCGACUGCAUCAAUUGCAGGACGCCACCAAGAUGUACAUUUGCAUGGCCGAGGCUCCCAUGGCCUCCAUUCACGAAAUGACGCCCGAGCAGCGUCCCCAGCUCACGCUGCUGUACAUCGUACUGAUGUAUAUAUUCCUGCGCCAGAUGCGAGUCGAGGAUACAAAGCUUUAUGCCAUGUUGGCGCUACUGGGCAUCCGUGUGGACGAGGAGCACGCCUACUUUGGCAGCAAUUUGCGGAAACUCAUCGAGGACACGUUCGUCAAGCAGCAUUAUGUGAAGCGCGAGCGCUCACAGCCAGAUAGUGCAUUCGAAGAGGCCAAGACCUACAUACUUUGGGGGCUGCGCGCCAAACAGGAGUUUACGUACGAGCAAGUUGUUGGUUUCGCUUCUAAGAUACUCAAGCAGCACCCAACAGACUUCUCCGAACUGCUGGAGAUAGCCAAAGAACUCGACGAAUAAAAGUUAUAUCGAAUUUACACUUAAAACAUUUAUAAAUAAACAGAAAUCUGUGUUCUAAUAC